UCACAGCCUCUUCUCUUCCCCCCCCCCCUCUCUCUCUCUCUCUCUCUCUCUCUCUCUCUCUCAUUCAAUGCUUCUCCACCAUUUUUAGCCGUUGCUUCUACUGCCCAAAAUCCCAAAAAAACAGAACUCAUUUGAGAGAGAGAGAGAGAGUAAAGAGAUUACAUGCCCUUUUAAGAGGGUUUCAAAGCUUUAAGUUUGACAAUGGCAGACAAAGACCCAGAUUUUUCUUCUCACAAACUUCCCACAACCACCCAGGUGAUGGAGGAGCUGAAGGAGCUAUGGGGAAUGGCUCUCCCGACGACAGUCAUGAACUUUUUGGUCUUCGUUCGAGCGGUGGUCUCAGUCCUCUUCUUGGGCCGGCUCGGCAGCCUCGAACUAGCCGGCGGCGCACUCUCCAUCGGCUUCACAAACAUAACCGGCUACUCCGUCCUUAACGGUCUCUCCGCGGGGCUCGAACCAGUCUGCAGCCAAGCCUACGGUAGCAAAAAGUGGGACCUACUUUCCCUCUCUCUCCAACGCAUGAUCUUCAUACUCCUCAUGGCAAUCAUACCCAUCAGCCUCCUCUGGAUCAACCUCGAGCCCAUCAUGCUCUUCAUGGGCCAAGACCCACAAAUCACAUCAACAGCCGCGACGUACUGUAUCUAUUCCCUCCCGGACCUCUUAACAAACACGCUUUUACAACCCUUGAGGGUUUACCUAAGGUCACAGGGGGUGACGAAACCAAUGAUGUACUGUAGUUUUGUUGCGGUGUUGUUCCACGUGCCGUUGAAUUAUUGGUUAGUGGUGGUGAUGGGGAUGGGGGUGGAGGGAGUGGCGGUGGCGGCUGUGGUGACGAAUUUGCAUAUGGUGGUGUUGAUGAUGGGGUACGUGUACGUGUAUGAUGGGAAGUGGGAGGGGAGAUGGACGGUGGGGAUUGGAAGAGGAGGAGAGAGGGUGUGGGGAGAGGUUGGACCGCUUUUGAGGUUGGCGGUUCCGAGUUGUGUGGGUAUAUGUUUGGAGUGGUGGUGGUACGAGAUCGUGACGGUUCUAGCUGGGUAUUUGGAUAAUCCGAGGAAUACUGUGGCGGCUACUGGGAUAAUGAUUCAGACUACCAGUCUUAUGUAUACUGUCCCCAUGGCCUUGGCUGGCUGUGUCUCUGCCAGAGUUGGCAAUGAGCUUGGAGCGGGGAAGCCAUAUAAGGCCAAGCUGGCUGCCCUAGUUGCAUUGGGCUGCGCUUUUUUUAUCGGUAUGAUCAACGUGAUAUGGACGGUGUUCUAUAGGGACAGAUGGGGUGGCUUGUUCACGACCGAUGAUCAAGUCAAAACCCUAGUUGCUUCAGUUAUGCCAAUCAUGGGAUUGUGUGAGCUCGGCAACUGCCCUCAAACAACUGGUUGUGGCAUCUUACGUGGGACCGCUAGGCCCGCCGUGGGUGCCCGUAUCAAUCUCAUCUCAUUUUACUUUGUGGGCACCCCUGUAGCCGUCGGCUUAGCCUUUUGGUUCGGUGUUGGCUUUAGUGGACUUUGGCUCGGGCUCCUAUCGGCUCAAGCCGCUUGCGCCGUGUCCAUUUUGUAUGUUGUGAUGGAGCGUACCGAUUGGGAAGGUGAGGCUUUGAAGGCUAUGGAACUUACCAGCACUGGCUUGGAGCUGAGUACUUGCAAUGGAAAAAGUGAAAAAUAUGAAAAUGAAGUGAAAAAGGGGUUUUUGGUGAGUGAUGAUACCGCUGAAGUUUUGUAGAGAGCAAAUGGUGUAGUUUGAUAGGUUUUUUUAUUUAAUGUGUAAUGCUACCAUGACCAACUUUUAGUAUCAAAGUUUAAUUAUAUUUAAUGUUUUAAUUACUAA